CGUUUACUACCUGUAGUACGGUACAGCCGUCACGUGACACGGAAGCGCGUGACCAACGUUCAUCUGAGCUUGUUUUUUAUAAACAUGUCUUAUCCAUCGAAUAUAUGUCGAUGGUUUUAUCGCAGCGUUUCCAAAGAAGCUCUGGUGGGCACCAUCUCCCUCGGAGUUGUUUUUGUCGCAGGAUAUUUUUAUGGGAAGAGGAGGCCUUUCACAAUGAGCAUCUCUAAAAGUCAUGGCGGAGGAAAAGACAACCCACUGAUGCAGUACGUCCUCAAUCACUCCUUGAGGGAACAUCCGGUCCUGAAUAAACUCAGGCUGAGGACGAUGGAAGACCCCUGGAACAUCAUGAUGGUUGCCUGUGAGCAGGCGCAGUUCAUGGCUAAUUUGGCAAGACUGAUUAAAGCCAAGAAAGCGUUAGAGAUUGGUGUAUACACAGGCUACAACACACUGAGCAUGGCGCUGGCUUUGCCUGAUGAUGGAGUUGUUGUUGCAUGUGAUAUCAGUGAAAAAUAUACCAACAUUGGCAAACCGUUCUGGAAAGAGGCUGGGGUUGAACAUAAAGUUGAUCUACGCAUUCAACCAGCAUUGAAUACUCUUGAUGAACUUCUGUCUUCUGGUCAGGCUGAAACUUUUGACUUUGUCUUCAUAGAUGCAGACAAAGUUAACUAUGAUAAUUAUUAUGAAAAGUCUCUAUUACUAGUGAGAAAAGGAGGAAUCAUCGCAAUCGACAACGUUCUGUGGGGGGGGCAAGUCCUGAAUGCAUCCUCCAAAGGUCCAGACACGGUGGCGAUAGACAAGCUGAACAAGAAGCUGCACAGAGAUGUACGAAUCACCUUGAGCAUGCUAACGGUGGGAGAUGGGCUCACGCUGGCAGUCAAACUUUAAGCUUAAUGAAGACACUAAGUGUAAUAUCAACACUAGAUUACUAUUGGGCAAAGGUGCAGGCAUAUUUGGAAACUGUUGCCAGAACAUGUUUGGUUUGUGGGUUCAUGUGAGGAUGUCAAGUUUUAUGCCGCUCAACGUCAAACAUUGCCUCUUGUUUAACUUCAGCUCUUGAAUUUAAGGACCAAGGAUUUAAACGUUUAUGGGGAGAAUAUUGCACUUUGCUUUUACAGUGGUUUUGACCAUGCUGCUUAACUGUAUUAAAAAGGACAUGAAAGAAUGA